GGCCCUCCAUGAACCACUACUGAUGAUCAGACCCAUCCACUUGUAUGCCAAAUAAGCUUUUCUGCGAUACUGCCCAACAUUUCAAGAGAGGGCAAACCAAACGGUGAUCUGUAAUCCGUUCCGGUGGUGAUAAGAUUAACGGCGAGGGAGAUGGACGGAAUGAUCAAGAGCUCUGCUAACUACGUUCCUCUUACUCCGAUCACCUUCCUUGAACGCUCCGCUAUGGUUUACAGUGACAAUAUCUCCGUCGUUUAUGGCGAUGUUAAGUACACUUGGAGAGAAACGCACCUCAGGUGCAUCAAGCUCGCUUCUGCUCUUGUUCAGCUAGGAACUACUCGCGGCGAUGUGGUUGCUGUUCUGGCUCCAAAUAUUCCGGCAAUGUAUGAGCUACAUUUUGGUGUUCCAAUGGCUGGGGCUGUUCUCUGUACACUUAAUAUACGGCAUGAUUCGACUAUGGUUUCCGUGCUAUUGAGACAUUCAGAGGCCAAACUUAUUUUUGUGGAUCACCAAUUUCUUCAGAUUGCUCAGGGAGCACUAAAAACUCUCUCCAAGACUCAGAUCAAACUGCCCAAGCUUGUCUUAAUCCAGGAAUGUGAUCAAACUGAUCAUGUCUCAUCUCCUGGUUACUUAGAAUAUGAAAGCCUUUUAGCAACUGGGAAGUCAGACUUUGAGGUGAGACGACCAAAUGAUGAAUGUAAUCCCAUAUCAUUGAACUAUACCUCGGGUACCACGUCUAGUCCCAAAGGGGUAAUUUAUAGUCAUAGAGGCGCCUAUCUAAAUUCCCUUGCAGCUGUUCUUCUGAACGAGAUGGGAUCAAUGCCUGUAUAUCUAUGGUGUGUUCCUAUGUUUCACUGCAAUGGAUGGUGCCUCACAUGGGCCGUGGCUGCUCAAGGAGGUACAAAUAUCUGUCUACGUAAUGUGUCUGCAAAAGAGAUUUUUGAAAGUAUUGCUCGACACAAGGUGACACACACAGGUGGUGCACCAACAGUUUUGAACAUGAUCAUUAAUGCCCCAGCUACUGAUCAGAAGCCUCUUCCAGGAAAGGUGGCAGUGAUGACAGGUGGUGCACCACCACCACCUAAGGUACUGUUUGCAAUGGAAAGACUAGGAUUUUUUGUCACACACUCUUAUGGUUUGACAGAAACAUAUGGCCCUGGGACGGUAUGCACAUGGAAACCGGAAUGGAAUUCCCUCCCUCCCGAUGUUCAGGCAAAGAUAAAGGCUCGUCAAGGUUUGCAACAUCUUGGGAUUGACCAAGUUGAUAUAAAGAAUCCAGUUACCAUGGAGAGUGUGCCGUCAGAUGGGAAAACAAUGGGCGAAGUUAUGUUCAGAGGCAACACAGUGAUGAACGGAUAUCUGAAAAACUUGAAAGCAACAAACGAGGCAUUUAGUGGUGGGUGGUUUAGGAGUGGAGACUUGGGAGUUAAACAUCUCGACGGUUACAUAGAGCUAAAGGACCGAUCAAAGGACAUUAUAAUAUCCGGGGGAGAAAAUAUAAGCACGAUUGAGGUAGAAUCUGUGUUGUUUAGUCAUCCAGCAGUACUUGAGGCAGCUGUUGUAGGAAAAGCUGAUGAUUACUGGGGUGAAACAGUUUGUGCUUUUGUGAAACUGAAGGAAGGGUGUAAUGUCAGUGCAGAGGAACUUAUUCAGUAUUGCCGGGAGCACUUGCCUCAUUACAUGGCACCUCGAACUGUUGUCUUUGAAGAUCUGCCAAAAACUUCAACUGGAAAGGUACAAAAAUAUGUUCUAAGGAAGAAAGCCAACGCAAUAGGAAGCCUUUCAAAACACACCACUAGCAAGCUGUAAUUAACUUUUAUAUUCAACUAAAAGAGAGCCAAAAUUUAAGUGAGGCCUUUAUUGUUCUUGCGUUGGAAAUUGCUAAACUGAAGUCACCCACCUCUUCAGCCACGGAAUUCUUGGGGAG